AUGAAUGAUAACCCAGCCACGACCAGUUCUCCUAGUUCCUCGUCAACACCAUCAAGCACCGCUUCUCAUGCCGUUGCUGCAGUUAGCAUCAAAAUUCCUCCAUUUUGGCCAAAUGAUCCUGCAGUCUGGUUCGCCCAAGUUGAAGCUCAAUUUCUUACACGACAAAUCACUGCACAGAACACAAAAUUUGCCUAUGUCAUCUCCUCUCUUAGUCCCGAAAUUGCUCAAGAAAUCCGUGAUUUAAUUCUUUCGCCUCCUGCUGAUCGUCCGUACGACACUUUAAAAAUGGAACUUAUCAGACGUACAUCCGCCUCAGAACAACAGCGAUUACAACAGUUGCUGAUCUCCGAAGAAUUAGGUGAUAAGAAGCCUUCCCAAUUCUUACGAAAAUUGCGACAACUUUUAGGUGACAACCCCUUAGAAGACGGCCUCUUGAGACAUCUUUUUCUUCAACGUUUGCCGACAAAUGUAAAACUCAUUCUUGCCUCCACUCCAGACACUGUCUCCAUAGAUGACUUGGCCUCACUUGCGGACAAAAUCUUGGACGUUCCUCCUCCGCAGCACUCCCUGGCAGCCAUAUCUCCAUUUCCAGAGUCUUCUGCACGAAAAGAGAUUGAAGACUUGCGACUCCAUGUAAACAAUUUGACCACCCAAUUGACCAAUGUCAUUAGUCAACUAGUCAUCAGUCAUCAGAUCUCGUCUCGCUAUCGUUCUCGCUCUCGCUCACGUGGUCGAAGUCCCCAACGCUCUGGUUCACGUAAUUUCUCCUGUUUUUCUACCUCAUCAGGCCCAUUUUGUUGGUACCAUCAACAGUUUGGAUCCGCCGCUCGAAAAUGCAAUCCACCAUGCUCAUUUAAGGCCCCUGCUUCUCUUCACCAGUCGGAAAACUUCCAAGCCAGAGACUAG